CGGAGGAGUAGAUGUAGGUAAAGUACUAAGUUUUUAAAUUAAUAUUUAUUUUUUAUUGUGGAUUUUUAUAUAUGUAUAUUUAUUUAUUUAAUAAAUCUAAAAUCUAUUAUGCUCUAUCGAUACGAUUGUGCCACGUGGAUAGUUUCAUGAAAGCCCCUCCAUACAUUAAAUUUUCUCCACUCUGUGUGCAUACUCGUCGCAGUUUCAAAACUGCAAAAGAAGGCUCAACUGACUCAGAAUCCCAUUUUCCUUUUCCAAAUCCUCUUCCUUGAUCAGAAACACCAGAAUCUCGUCUAUUGAACUCUCGCAUGUUCCAACGGCUUUUGGUGUGUGCAUGGAAGCAAAUGCAUACCAAAGCCGCAAAAACGUCGUCGUCCUUCUCGUGCCUCCUCGCUAUCAUCUCCUUCCUCCUCCACCUGUGAACCCCUUACUUGGUUUCAUUGACCCUAGUUUUCACGGUCAGGUUCUAUUUCCUUGCAAUCUUCCACUACCAUCAUCUUUUGCAUUCGGUUUAGGUCCUUCAUUCUUGAUUCCAAUGGAGGAGGAAAGUUCUUUAUCGCUUCUUAAGUUCAUGGGUAAUGAGGGAUUGUUGCCGACUCUGAAAGAGGAAGAGAAGAGGAAAAAUGUUAUUUCAAAGCUCAAGAAGUUGGUGGUGGCAUGGGCCAAGAAGGUUGCCUGGCAGCGUCGGCUUCCUAGAGAAAAGAUUGCUGCAACAUGUGCCACAAUAUUAACAUAUGGGUCCUAUGGUCUGGGCGUUCAUGGCCCAGAGUCUGAUAUUGAUGCUUUAUGUGUUGGUCCUUUCUUUGCCACCAUGGAUGAGGACUUUUUCAUUGUUCUACGAAACAUGCUUAAAAGCAGACCGGAAGUAUCAGAUAUUCAUUGUGUGAAGGAUGCAAAAGUUCCUUUGAUGCGGUUCAAAUUUGAUGGUAUCUCAGUUGAUCUACCAUAUGCUCAGCUUAAAUUAUUAGUUGUUCCUGAUAACGUGGAUGUACUUAAUCCAUUAUUUCUGAGAAAUAUUGACGAAACCAGUUGGAAGAGUUUAUCUGGAGUACGUGCAAAUCAACGGAUUCUUCAACUUAUACCAAACCUAGAGAAUUUCCAAUCAAUGCUGCGAUAUGUUAAACUGUGGGGAAAGAGGCGGGGAGUGUAUGGUAAUCUAAAUGGGUUUCUGGGAGGCGUUCAUUUGGCAAUAUUAGCGGCCUAUGUUUGUCAAAAUCAUCCAAAUGCCAGUGUCAGCAUUCUCAUAUCAAGCUUCUUCAGUACUUUUGCUACUUGGCCUUGGCCUACACCUGUGGUGCUGCAAGAUGGAACUCCAUCAACAGCUGGAGCUGUGAUUGAGACACGGUCCUUCAUGCCCAUUCGUUUGCCAUGUAGUCCACAUGAGUAUUGCCACUCCAAUAUCACUAAGAGCACAUUCUACAAGAUCAGAGCAGAGUUUCUCAGAGGGCAUGUUUCAACGAAGGGUAUUCUGAAUCCAGAUUUCAAUUGGAAUAGCAUUUUAGAGCCUUUUGCCUAUUCAAAGAAGUAUACCCGAUUUGUCAAAAUUUACCUUUCAGCUUCUGAUCAAGAUGAGCUGGGAGACUGGGUGGGUUGGGUGAAGUCUCGUUUUCGCUGUCUGCUUCUCAAGCUUGAAGGGCUACAGGGCUUUUGUGACCCCAACCCCACGGAAUAUGUUGACAUGGAUGUAUCAGAACCAAAUGUGGUCUUCUACUGGGGCCUGAAUCCCUCUAAGAGUAGUUUUAUGAACAUAGAAUUGGUCGAGGAGGAUUUCCUCGGCAAUAUAUAUAGCGGCUACCAUGGUAUUCCUAGAAAGAUAGAACUGUCAAUUGUGCAAGCUUCUGAACUGCCCAACAAUGCUGAGUUCAAUAGUGGAAAUGCAAAGAAAACGAAAGCAUGUUGGAAGAUUGUGAAUGACCGAAGGAUCCCAGCAUACUCGCGGUAUCUGCCAGACUACUUUGUCGGGUAUGUGGCAACUAAUGGAGACACCAGACUUCCAACUUCUGGAGCUUAAAAUGAUUCAACGUGUUCUUUUUUGUUAUGGUGCUAAGUUUGUUUUUGCUGUUCUGCCUUGUGCGCUUGUGAGUUUCUGCAUUACACUGCUUGCAAUUGCAUCAAAAGAAUUUACAAGAAAUGUGGAUAGGAUGUGUGUUUGAAUACGCGUUAAAGAUCCCGACACAUCCCGACACAUGGGGCAGAGAAGAACAGAGCAGUAGGCCAAUUAAAAAGGUUUUAAAUAGGGGAGAGGCAGAGGAGAAAACAGGGGUAAUCGGCAAUUAUUGGUCAAGUAAAUCCAAACGAUUUUAAUAAACUUGGAUAAUAUUUGUCUCAAUUGCAUCAUGAGAAUUAUGCUUUAUCUAGGGAUACAAUCUUGACAACUUUUGUAAGGAUCUCAAUGAAUCAAAACUUGGCUGUCACUUGCAACAGAUAACUCACACUUUGAUUAGAAUAUGUAAAUUGGGUUUCUCUGAUGAGCACUCUGUAGAUUUGAUUAUUUAAUUUUAAAAAUAAUUGAUUAGUUUUUAUCUUAA